CUCUUCCAAAAAUUCAAAACCUUCCUCUUCUUUCUGCUCUCUAAGCUCUGAACUCUAAAAACCCAAAAUAUUUUAAGUUUUAAUUUCAAGAAAAAAUGUUUCAACCAGUAUCGGCAGAGUUGCCGGCGGCUAAUUUUCCGGUGUAUCACCGGAGUUCAAGCUUUAGUAGUCUUAUGUCAUGUUUAACGGAGACGUGGGGUGACUUGCCGCUUAAGGAGGAUGAUUCGGAAGACAUGGUAAUAUACGGGGUGUUACGCGACGCCGUUAGUGAUGGAUGGACGCCGUUUAACUUCACGGCGGGGGAGGUUAAAGCCGAGCCGUGGGAAUCAAUUGAGGCGGCUGUGACGCCGGCUUGUGCGGCGCCGACGUUCGUGGCGACGCCUGCGCCGGCGCCGGCGACGGCGCGGCCGAAAGGGAGGCACUAUAGGGGGGUGAGGCAGCGGCCGUGGGGGAAGUUCGCGGCGGAGAUAAGGGACCCGGCUAAGAACGGCGCGCGGGUUUGGCUCGGGACAUACGAGACAGCCGAGGAAGCCGCGAUCGCUUACGACAAAGCGGCUUACAGGAUGCGCGGCUCCAAGGCUUUGUUGAAUUUCCCGCACCGAAUCGGGUCGAACGAGCCGGACCCGGUUAGAGUGACGGCUAAGAGAAGGUCGCCGGAGCCGGAAGCUUCGUCCACGUCCUCAGUUUCAGAAAAUGGCUCGCCGAAGCGGAGACGAAAAGUGGCUGCGGCUGAGCAAGCCGAUUCGGAUGUGGAGAGCCGAUCAAAUCCCCUUCCAGCCGAGUGCCACGCCAAUAUAUUGCCAAUUGGCGAGCAGUUAAUCGUUAGCCAAUUGGCGUUUUAGGCUUUUUAGCUUAGCUGAGCUGUGAACGUAGGAGAUGAUAAAGGCGUGUUUGGAUAGGAAUGCACACAAAAAUUCAUGACAAGUGGAGAAAAGAACUAAUUUGAUGAUGCACUAUCUAGAUAACUUUUCCCCCUUGUCUAUUGUCUUUCCACUUCUACAACUACAAAACAACAUUUGUACAUUAUGAUAUGAGAAAUUAUGAGAUAUUCUAGGUUGUUGGUUAUGUGAA